AUGAACGCCUCUCACCAACCGCCGUCGCUCCCAUCUGCGUAUCCACCCAGUAUGGCAUUGGGCCCUCCAGUCUCCCCCGUCCGUCAAGCCUCCCCCGUCAACCUAGGAUCAAACAACCCCUUCAGAAACCGUGCCUUGUCGCCUUCCAACUCCAUCGCAUCAAGGACUCGCCCUGAACGGCCAACCUCGACCAACCCCUUCUUGGACGACACCGACGCCUUAUCACCGCAGUCCGCUCCGGUCGGCGGCACCAUGUUUUCUCCCGUCGACGAUAAGAAAGACCUCACGGGCAACACUCGCGAUCUUUUUGAAAAUUUGUCCCUCAAUCCCAAACCUCAGCCGACGGGCUACCGGCCUGCUCCCCCGCGUCCGGAUAAGAACGGAGCAAGUGCCAGACAACCUUCUUCCCGAGAGCGCUCGACACGCCGCGAACAUGACCCCCUCGAUAUCUUCGCCGACCCCCCGUCGAAGUCCAAGGGGGCGCGCUCGCGUGAUCAUGAAAGAAGACCUCGUCGGAAUUCGGAAUCCUCCAUCAUGGAACGAACUCCCAAGCUCCUAGACCCCGAGGAUGACAGACGGCGCCGCGAGCGACGCCGUCGUGAGCGUGAGGGUCGUCACCGAGAUGGAAAGUCUCGCUCGAAGAAGACCAACUACCAGUUGGAUAUUAUCGACAAGUUAGAUGUGACCAGUAUCUACGGAACAGGAAUGUUCCACCAUGAUGGUCCGUUUGAUGCGUGCAACCCGAACCGCAACCGCAAGGGCUUGCGUACGGCCCCCAUGCAAGCCUUCCCCAAGGACUCGUCCAACAUGGCCCUGGGAGGGGCCGGGCCUGUGAAUGACAAGAUCGAUCUCAAUCUCUUCCAUGGUCGAACGGAAGAAGGCUACAAUGAUUACGCAUCGUCUGGCACGAUCGACUUCCGCCGAGGCCCACCCACCAACUUCGACCCUACCACCCGGAUUGAACCGGUUCACGGAUCGGAGAGCAUGGGCUUGGGAACCAGUACCUUCCUGGAAGGCGCACCGGCCAGCCGAGCGGCCAUGCAACGCCGUGAGAGCGAAAACGAACAACAGAUCACCAAUGGUAUGAAUGGUGGCGGUCUGCAGCGGAAGAAGAGCUUGGCCCAACGACUGCGCGGUAUCAAUCGCGCCCCGAGUAGUGCCCGCGCCCUGGCGUCUCCUGAUCUCACGGUCGCCCCGACCACCAGCAAUUCAGGAUCCGCGCGCGGGAAUGAUAAGAACCCCUUCUUCCAGGACUAUGAUGACGCGUGGGAGAAAAAGGGUGCUCGCAUUGCGGAAGGAGGGUCGCACGAGGUUGGACGGACACGAUCCUCGAGUAGUCCCAAGCAAAACACAGGCCUGGAACGCCGGUACACCAAUGAACGCCCCAACUCGGGGUCUGAUGAGAACAAGAACCUGGGCGGCGGUGGUUUCAUCAACCGCAUGAAGAGCUUGAGAAAGCCACGGCCCGAGCGACGGGUCAGCAACGACUGA